GCUGGCACAAAAGGAUUAUUAAAGCAGUAACAGAUCACCCUGGGGAUUACUUGCAGGAGUUGCUGGGAGAAACUUUACUCUUUUCCUAUGUAACAACGGGGAUAAGGACAGCAUGAGGAAGACAUCAUACUCAGGAAUCUCAAGGACCUCCAGCGGAAGACUCCGAAGACUUGGUAACCCAACAAGCCCAACUCUUAAGAGAUCCUUUGAAGUUGAGGAAGUAGAUCAGCCACCAAAUUCUUCCACUCCUCAAAGACGGACACCCAAUCCUCUUGUUAGGUCUGCAGUAUCCAGCUCUACACAGAAAUUCCAGGAUCUUGGCACCAGGAAUUCUGAGACCCCUUCUAGACAUGUGGAGUCUCCUGCACCGAGGUCGCCCAAAUCCUCUCUGAGGAGAGUUGACCUUUCUGGACCAAAACAUCCUGAGCCAGUGUCCAGAAGAGCAGAAAUUUCCAUUGAUAUUUCAUCUAAGCAAGUAGAGAACUCCACAUCAGUACCAUCAAGAUUUGGCCUCAAGAGAGCAGAUGUAUUGGGGCAUAAGGCUGCUGAGAUUGCUACGAGAAGGACUGAGAUCAAUAUAGGCAAACCCCAGGAUCAAGCUCUUCGCAGAAUGGAGGUUCCCUCAAAGAUUCCUGAGCCGACACAACGGAGAGUUGAAACUAAUAGCCCACCUGUGCUAGAUGUUGCCACCAAACGUGUGGAAAGCCAGGUACCAAAAUCUUCAGAGGCUCCAGUACCACCGGUUAGACAGAUUGAAAACGUGGAGAUUUUCCAGAACAGUCAGCACCUGCCACCAGAACCAAAGUUUCAGUCAGCAGUGGCUGAGAUUCCACCCAAAAGCCAAGAAGGUUUAGAGGCUAUUCCCAGCUAUCCAGACAGCAUGACAGACACCCCUCGGGAUGCUGCCCUUAAGCAAGCCACACCAACACGGACAGAGAAACCAAUAGCUGACUUUGGCUAUGUUGGGAUCGAUGCCAUCCUUGAGCAGAUGCGGAGGAAAGCCAUGAAGCAAGGGUUUGAGUUCAACAUAAUGGUAGUUGGUCAGAGUGGCCUGGGGAAAUCUACCCUAAUCAACACCCUCUUCAAAUCAAAAAUCAGCCGCAAAUCUGUGCAGCCAACUUCUGAAGAGCGUAUCCCCAAGACAAUUGAAAUCAAGUCCAUCACACAUGAUAUUGAGGAAAAAGGUGUCCAUAUGAAACUGACAGUCAUUGACACCCCAGGUUUUGGAGACCACAUCAACAAUGAAAACUGUUGGCAACCCAUUACAAAGUUCAUCAACGACCAGUAUGAGAAAUACCUCCAGGAGGAGCUGAAUAUUAACCGGAAGAAGCAGAUACCUGACACCAGGGUCCACUGUUGCAUAUACUUCAUCCCUGCUACUGGUCACUCCCUCCGGCCACUGGACAUUGAAUUUAUGAGGCGCCUGAGCAAAGUGGUCAACAUAGUGCCUGUCAUUGCCAAAGCUGACACUUUAACACUAGAGGAGAGGGACUACUUCAAACAAAGGAUCACAGCAGAUCUUCUUGCCAAUGGCAUUGAUGUCUAUCCACAGAAACAGUUUGAUGAGGACUCUGAAGACCGGCUAACAAAUGAGAAAUUUAGAGAAAUGAUUCCAUUUGCGGUGGUGGGCAGUGAUCAGGAAUACCAGAUUAAUGGCAGACGAAUUCUGGGAAGGAAAACAAAAUGGGGAACAAUUGAAGUUGAGAACACAACACAUUGCGAGUUUGCUUACUUGCGAGAUCUUCUGAUCAGGACACACAUGCAAAACAUCAAGGACAUUACCAGCAGCAUCCAUUUUGAAGCCUACAGAGUCAAACGCUUGAAUGAAAGCCAGAACAUGCUCUCCAAUGGCAUGGUCAACAAGGAGGAUUUGGUGGCCAAUGAAAUGUAACACUCAUGACCUAGCUAGGACCCAGCUCUCUCUCUGUCCCACUGUUUUCUUUCUUUAAAA